AUGCUUUAUCUAAUAGGCCUCGGUCUAUCCGAUGAGACAGACAUAACGGUAAAAGGCCUAGAAAUCGCGCGCACAGCUUCGCGAGUCUACCUUGAAGCAUACACCAGUAUUUUACUUGUCGAUACGGCUAUCCUCGAGAAAUACUAUGGACGAGAAGUUAUUGUUGCAGACAGAGAGAUGGUCGAGUCAGCAAGUGACGAAAUCCUACGAGAUGCGCAAACCGUCGACGUAGCAUUUCUCGUUGUGGGAGAUCCUUUUGGAGCGACGACACAUACCGAUCUCGUUCUCCGCGCUCGCUCGCUCCAAAUUCCCAUCAGCACCAUUCCCAAUGCCAGCAUCAUGUCAGCCAUCGGAUCCACCGGUCUUCAACUCUACAAUUUCGGGCAGACAGUAUCCAUGGUGUUCUUUACUGAGACAUGGAAACCUGCAUCCUUCCACGACCGCGUCCGAGAAAAUCGCGACAUUGGACUACAUACACUCAUCCUUCUAGAUAUAAAGGUCAAGGAGCAGAGUUUGGAGAAUAUGGCAAGGGGAAGGAGGAUUUAUGAGCCACCGAGGUAUAUGACUGUUGGGCAGUGCGCAAGCCAGAUGCUGGAGGUGGAAGAGAUUAAGAAGGAGGAAGGCGAGGGGAAGCAUGGUGUUUAUGGGGAGGAGAGUUUGGCCAUCGGAGCAGCGAGGGUGGGUGGCAAGACCGAGAAGUUUGUCAGUGGGACGUUGAGGCAGCUUUGUAGUGCGGAUGAGGAACUAGGAGGGCCGCUGCACAGCUUAGUGUUGCUAGGAAAGAGGACGCAUGAGCUAGAACAUGACUAUGUCAGAGAGUUCGCGGUGGAUAAAGAAGUGUGGGAUAGGAUUUGGAAGAGGGAUUAUGAGGGACAACAAUAA